CCAUCUUCCCUCAUCACCUGAACAACAACAACAAGCAGAGCCAUCACACUACUCACUCAUGAAGAUCGAGCCCUGGACUACCCUCAGCCAUGUUCUUAGACCUGCCUGUCGAGUUGCGACUACGUAUAGCGGAAUACGCCCUGGAGCAACGUCCAGGAACAGGAAUUCCUCACAUAGGUCGCCACCUGGAAAACUACAAGGGUGGCUACCGGCCUUCUGAGAACAUGUCAUUACUCCUCGUAUGCCACCAAUUUAAUCGAGAUUUUACACAAUUGGCAUAUAAUAAGACCAGAUUCAUGCUGUGGACUUACGGACACGGCACCGGCUUACAGGGACUUCCUCUCUACAAGUUACGAAGUAUUCGAAAGCUCGUGUACAGGCCAGAUACGUCUGAAAUGCAAUCUUGGGGCAGCUAUCUCUACAACCUGGAACAACUGCAUGUAGACGAGCUUGUAUUUCUUUGGCAUUACCAAUGGACGCGCCCUAGCAUCAAGAUUGUGAUCUCAUUCUUGCGCCGCCUGCUGCACAUCAACACCAUCAAGUUUGUGCUUUAUGCGAAAAGGGAGGGCAAAAAUCGAAGCGAUUAUUGCUCGUUGGUUGGAGCGAUCAUGAAAGAGGAUCAUUUUCAGAGGUACGACGCCCCCGGCGCGCCCAACGUCGAAGCUACUUGGUGGGAUUGGCAUCUUGACACCCAGGAAAACAUUAUUACAUUCCGAGCCCAGGAUCCUAGACCAGUGCUCCCGGAGGAAGACUACAUGCUGCUCAUGAAGCCGGAAGUGGAUGCAUUGAUGGCGGAAGCUGAGCGAGCGGCUGGUCUUUGGCCAGUGGGCGAUCUCUGAGAUUGCGCGACAUGUGCCAUACAAAGUACUGCCAAAAUGCCUUGCCCCCACGCAUACGAGGGGCUCCUGCGUAUGGGGCAUUGUAAAUCGAACCUCAUUUGCGUCAACCAGACUUACCGUCCAUCCAGGUUUGCCCUGCCCCCUAAAAUAUGUUCGACGCCUGGGCGCGAUCAAGGUGCUUCUGGAGG